AUGCCAUCCAUUUACAAUAACAAUUUAAAUAUUCGAAGAAUUUUUAUAUUUUUACAAUUGAGAUUAUUUCAAUUAUUAUUUAUUGUGAAUAUUAGUUUAUUUAUAUUACAAACACCUUUAAUAUUAACCUCGAUUAAUGAAAAAAUAAAAAAUAAAAAUCAACAAUUAAUUAACAACAAAGAAAAUAAUAUUUUUAUUAAUUUUACAAAAUUUAAAAAUAAAUUUAGUAGAAGUGUUAGAUUAUUAGAUAAAAAUGAAAGAGAAAUUAAAAAAUAUCCGUUAAUUGUUGGACCUGGAGAAAAAUUAAAUGUACCGAUUAAAGGAGGAACAGUACCCAUUGAGUGGUUUAAUCUUCGGAUUGUUGAUCCGCAAAGAUUUGGUAGAAGAUUGGGGGAUUUACGUUUUGAGGUAUUAAAGAAUCCGAAACAUGGUAAAUUACAAUUUUUGGACAAUACAAAUCUAGAUGUUAGUAGUAACAGCAAUAGUCGAGAAAAUUCUAUAUCUUCCUUCUUUUAUGCUGAUAUUUUGAAUAAAAAAGUUUUAUAUAAACAUUUUGGCGAUUCUACAAAGAAUGAUAAAUUCAAACUUGGAGUUGAUACUCGAAGAUUCUCUCGUCGUGCAGGUGGUGGAGGGAGGUUAUCUAAAACAGAAAAUGGAAAUUGGGUUACUUCAAAUUCUGAACAAUUUGAUUUGGAAGUAAAUGUUGAACAACAAAAUGAAAAUAUUAAUGGGGGAAGAGAAACUCCAAAAAUUUUAGUUGAACCAAUGGGGGAGGCUAUUCAUUUAAAAAUUGGGAAAAGACUUCAACUUGGUCCUCAACAUUUACGUAUUUAUGACCCAGAUACACCAAAUGACCAUGUUUGGGUGAAUGUUGAAGAAAUAAGUAGUAACUCGCUUGAUUUAAUUGACAAAUCAGGUGCUCGUUUAAGACGGUUUUCACUUGCUGGAUUUCUCAAGGGAAAUGUUCAUUUAAUUGUUUUAGAAAAUUAUGAGGAAGAAAAUGAAGAUGAUAAAAAUGAAAAAAUGAAAAAUGAAGGAUUUAUAACACUUUUAAGUUUUUUUGAAUUAAAUUUAGAAAAAAAUUAG